ACGUCUUCCCAACUGCGCCAUCAAUGGAGAGACUCCCCCUCACUCUCACUCGCUUACUCUCCUCUCCGCGCAUUGCCGCUCCUCUCUCGGCGGGGAUUGUUCCUGGAUACUCUUCCUAUCGUGGAGGUGGAGCUGCUCUUUCUUCUCUUUCUUUUGAGCCUGGCUCUACGCUGUACCGUGCAUUGUAGCUCGACUUACAGAGUGUCGAUUACCUGGCACUAGUCUCUCCUCGAGCCUUCAUUUCCCGUGGCAUUUCUAGAUUUUUGCUCGCUCUUGAGGGAGAAAUUUGAGCAGCGCACUUCGAGGAUUUGGACGCAAUGGCAACUGUGGCUUGCCAGAUGACAACAUUGAGAGUGGUUCAGAGUCACAGAGUAGUAGCCUUAGACAACCAGGCUGGACGAGGUUGCAGGACCAGUGCGUCCUGCGCCUCGUUUGGAGGAGUCAAGUGCGGAGCUGCUUCCACGUUGGGCAUGAAGUUGCGUACUACCGGUGCUGAUAGCUGGGGAAAUAGGAACAGCUGUGCUGUGAAAUUCGUAGCAAGUGCAAUUGUCGAGGAGGCUGUGACUGCGAGCCAAUCUGACUCUGGUGUCCCCGCUGAGGGUCUCUCCAUGUACUUCAAGGCGGAAGGGUCAUUGAACGAGAACAAUAUCCCGAAAGUCACCAAGGUUCUUGAGGAAACCGAGGGUGUGAGCCAGGUCAAGGUCUAUGUCCUGGAGGGUGCCGCCACUGUUGAGCUAGUGAAGCAGACCGAUAUCCAAGCAACUGGUGUUGCAUCAAGCUUGGUACAACUUAUUGAGACGGCAGGAUUUAAGAUGCAAGCUCUCAGCUUAGGCUUUGAUGGCGAUGAAGCUGAGGAUGACGAUUACAUCGACUACGCUGAGGAGGAAGCCACCACAGAGUAGAGAUGAUAUGUCUCAUCUUAUUUUUGUCUUUUGUUUUUCACUGGUCUUUUUGUCUUUCUUGUAGAGAGGAUACAUUCGUCCUCGGCUCUAGGAAAAUGACGAGUGUACAAUUGCUUACCGCAAUGUAAUUUCCGAUCAUGAGCACUUUUUUCUUAAUUUCAAGAUGGAGUUGACAGGUUCCGAAAA